CGCGAGAGGAGUGACUCAUUUCCACAGAUCGACCGGAAGUCGCAUUCAUUCUCCCCACAUACGAACGCUCCUCGCCAGCCGCUCAUCGAUGGAAUUGAGUUUCGGCGCUCAGCCGCGGCAUGUCAGCACUGUCUUGGCUCCAGGAGGCCGCCUAAGGUCAUACUUCUGCUCAUAACUGAUGACUUUGUUUCAUCUGAUACAAGACUGCACUGUAUAUAUGAUGGCUGUGCUUAUAAAAUGAAGCUACGUGACAAAUAACUCAUGUCAAGUCCAUAAAACUCAAGUGCUACUUGAUUUUACAUUCCAUUAUUAUCAAUGCAGAUGACAGACCAUGUUUAUAUUCAAAUUCCUAGCUUUUCUGAAGCUUUAAACAUCAACUAAAAGUAGAAGAGGAAUAUCUUUAAUGUGCUUACAACAAAUCUUUAAGUGCUUUGUUAUAAAUGAUAUUCUGUGAGCAUCAGUAUUUAGAAACCUUAAUGGGAAACUUUAUCUUCAUUGCAAAAAUUAAUUUAUUUUAAUAAUCUAAUGAACGCUGCUGAGGUUUUUGAAAUCUAAAAAUGUAGGAAGUCGAUAAGUUCCCUGUUUCUGCCUUUUGUUUUUGAAUCUCAAUGCCUUCUCUUGAUUAUGUUGACUUUUUAACCUGGAAAUUAUCCCAGGAUUUAAGAAAUGACAUUUUAAAGCUUAAAUAUGCCAAGAAGAGGCUUGACCCUGCCGGCCCGUUGGCUGCUGCUAGGGAUAUGUUUGCUCCUCAGCCUGUUAAUACUCACAUAUCUGUUAGAAUGUGCACCGCCCCCGGAUCAUAGCUCAUCUAUGCCUGGGGUUGGAGGGGAACCCUAUGGUAAAGAUUACUAUCAGGUGUUAUUGCAAGAACAAGAAGAACGCUAUAUGACCCGGGCAACAAACCUCAAACGUCAGAUUGCACAGCUUAAACAAGAACUGCAGGAAAUGAGUGAAAAGCUUAAAUUGUUGCAAGAGAAAAAAACGUCUGAUGUUAGGGGUCAUUUGGGAACAAAAGACCAGGAGCCAAACGAUAUUUUGGAAUAUCUUCACUCCCAGAUAGACAAAGCAGAGUUAAGUACAGGUGUCAAACUGCCAAGUGAAUAUGCAGUUGUUCCCUUUGAGUCCUUUACUGCCACCAAAGUAUUUCAACUGGAGAUGGGCCUUACUAGACAUCCUGAGGAGAAAUCAGUACGUAAGGACCGACGCGAUGAACUGACAGAGGUUAUUGAAGCUGGACUUGAGGUUAUAAAUAAUCCAGAUGAAGAUGAUGAUGAGCAUGAUGAAAAUGGAGCCAUUCUUCCUAGGGAUGCAUACCAUGAAAAUGACUUUAUUGAAGGUCUGUACCGUACAGAGAAGGAUAAGGGAACACAGUAUGAUCUCUUUUAUAAAAAGGAAAACUCUGACAAAUAUUGGCAUGUUACUCUCUUCAGACCAUUUGGACCCCUAAUGAAAGUUAGAAGUGCUGCCAUAGAUACUGCAAACAUCAUCAUAAACAUAGUUGUCCCACUGUCUGGGAGAACUGAGGCCUUUGCCCGGUUUAUGCAAAAUUUCAGAGAAGUGUGUAUAGAGCAGGACAAACGUGUUCAUCUUACAGUGGUUUACUUUGGACAAGAAUCCUUGACUGAAGUGAAAACCAUCUUGGAAACAAUAUCAAGUGAAACAAAUUUCUUCAACUAUACAAUAGUUCCUUUGGAUGAGGAAUUUGCACGUGGACAUGGUCUGGAUAUUGCCGUCCGCUCCUGGAUCAAAGGAAAUGUGCUGAUGUUUUUCUGUGAUGUUGAUGUUUAUUUUACGGCUGAUUUCCUGAACACCUGUCGUCUCAACGCCUCUCCAAAUAAGAAAGUAUUUUUCCCAGUGGUAUUUAGCUUAUAUAAUCCUGCAAUUGUUUAUGGGAAUGCAGAUCUUGCCCCGCCAAUUGAACACCAGCUGAUUCAUAAAAAAGAUACAGGUUUUUGGCGAGAUUUUGGUUUUGGAAUGACUUGUCACUACCGGGAAGAUUUUCUGAGCAUUGGUGGCUUUGACUUGGAUGUGAAAGGUUGGGGAGUAGAGGAUGUUCAUCUCUACAGAAAGUAUUUACACAGUGAGCUAAUUGUUGUCCGAACGCCAGUCGCUGGUCUUUUCCAUUUAUGGCACGAGAAGCUGUGUGAUGACGAGCUGACACCAGACCAGUACCGCAUGUGUAUGCAGUCCAAAGCCAUGAAUGAAGCCUCCCACGCUCACCUCGGCAUGCUAGUAUUUCGGGAAGAGAUUGAAUCUCAUCUUCUUCGCAAACAAGCCAGUCAGACCAACAAUAAGCCAGCAGUCUAAAGGGCUUCAUCUGAUUGGUUAAUAAGGCAGAGCUCCUUGGCUGCCAAAUAAAAAAAAAUUCACUUUGAUUAAAAAUUGUGUCUUUUGUUAAUAUUUGGAUUUUUUGCAUGUCUUCUUUUUUUUUUUUUCAAAACCCACUUAAACUGCUGACCUUGUAUUUAAAUUUUUAUUCAGCCUUACUUUUUUAACACCAAUACGUACUUAAGUGUGUUCGUACAAAUGAAGUUUGUAUUUCAUAAAAAGUGCUAAAAGCUGUUCAACUCUGAGAUAACACAUGGUUGGUCCAGAUAUCAAACAUUAUUGUACAGACUUCGAUGUGUAUACAGUGAGAAUGAGAUGAUUACUGGUACUUGAAUAGCAGAUUCUGCUGUGCCUUCAUACAUGGUAGCUGAUUUCACCAGUGUCUCUUGUUCCUUGUGUAGUCUGCAGUGUGCCAAAUGUGCAGAGUAGUAGGGUUAGAAGUGGGCUUCAUCCUGAAGCAAAUGAAACUUUCUUGUGGCUGUUACUGUAUAUCUAGGAUCCUUUUUUAUUUGUGCUGUAUAUACCUUUUCUGUAUUUGUUGUUUUUUUUGUUGUUGACCCUCUUUAUAGUGAUAGUAGUUUAUACAGAAAUUGAACAUUCUCACUGAUUUAAACCUUAAAUUUUCUCUGUAGUUUGAUUUCAUUUCCAUACUCCGAAUCCUUGUCAGUUUUUUGUUUUUCUUUUUUCUACUGAGCAUUUCUAAAAUAAAAGGCCUCUUAUUGAAAAGGAAAACUGCAAAAA